CCUUUCGGCGACUGUCGAGACGGAAGAGAUCAAGUAUCUCUGGAAAUGGAGCUAGGACCAAGAUGUCCACGUGUACGCCAGGGUGCGAAGAACGCUGCACUGUUUCAACUUGUCACAGGAUUGCUGCUGCUGCUGGUGCUAGGAUUCGUGCAAGGUGACUUCGCUCCAUCACAGGCGUGUGACCCAGCGUUGUCGUCAUACGCUGAUAUCCAGUCAUGGCGCCAAGACAAACAGCCUGUGUCAACCCAUGGUGUGUUUCGAACGGCUGCGCAACUCCAUACUUAUCUUCCUCAACUGUUCGCUUACGAGACAGUGUCACCAAAUUCACCCCACAAUCCAGAUUGUGUCAGUGACCUACCAGAAUGCACCUAUAAACUUAAGCAGCUGCAAAUAACUCAAAAGCCAUUGCAGAUGUUGAUGAACUUAGAUGGCACAGCAUCACAGAGUUGGUGUGCACAGCUAGUGGAUUAUGGUAGGAGUGUAUACGGACCAUCCUCUGCUGACACUUUUGAGUCCAUGGACUUGGGAACUACCAAUGUUUUCAUCCUGAGGCGGCCAUUUGGUGACAUCCCGGUGUUCUGGUACAAAAUAAGAAACAUCACAAUAUCAGAAGCGCUUGCCACUAGCUAUGCUUGGAAGACCUCUAUCAUCAAAAGUUUUGAUGUGACUGCAACCAUAAAAGGAUACAGUUCUGUCAAACUUUAUUCUGAGAGACUCCUCGAGUGUGCGAGAUUUACAGUUACAGUAUCCCGGGGUAAACAGGUUCCCGUCAAGGAUAGAGUGAUACGUCUAUUUAAAAACCAAGCUCUCAUUUCCAAUGGUGACCAGUCGGUUAGGCUGUAUCUGUUCAGGAAUGCUACAUCGCAGCAAGAUGUAGCCUAUGUGUGCUUCCCUUACGCGGAGGAAAGCCGUACAUCUGGCACCUAUCACUUAACAGUGAACUAUCUCAAUCAGCAUACCACUUACUCUUACGUGGAGCGAACAGUGCUCCACUCGUUCAAUGUUACUGUCACGCAAGAAGAGCCUCCAACAAUAGAGGGAAAAACCAGCACCAUGCCGCCAGUGGAUUUCCCACUUCUACGAUUCGUGCAAGGUGACUUCGCUCCAUCACAGACGUGUGACCCAGCGUUGUCGUCAUACGCUGAUAUCCAGUCAUGGCGCCAAGACAAACUGCCUGUGUCAACCCAUGCUGUGUAUCAACGGGUUGUGCUAUUCAAUACUUAUCUUCCUGAACUGUUCGCUUACGAGACAGUGUCACCAAAUUCACCCCACAAUCCAGAUUGUGUCAGUGACCUACCAGAAUGCACCUAUGGACUUAAGCAGCUGCAAAUAACUCAAAAGCCAUUGCAGAUGUUGAUGAACUUAGACGGCACAGCAUCACAGAGUUGGUGUGCAAAGCUAACGGAUUAUGGUCGUGGUGUAUACGGACCAUCCUCUGCUGACACUUUUGAGUCCAUGGACUUGGGAACUACCAAUGUUUUCAUCCUGAGGCGGCCAUUUGGUGACAUCCCGGUGUUCUGGUACAAAAUAAGAAACAUCACAAGACCAGAAGCGGUUGCCACUAUCAAUGCUUGGAAGACCUCUACCAUCAAAGGUCUUGAUGUGAAUGCAACCAUAAAAGGAUACAGUUCUGUCAAACUUUAUUCUGAUAGACUCCUCGAGUGUGCGAGAUUUACAGUUACAGUAUCCGGCGGUAAACAGGUUCCCGUCAAGGAUAGAGUGAUACGUCUAUUUAAAAACCAAGCUCUCAUUUCCAAUGGUGACCAGUCGGUUAAGCUGUAUCUGUUCAGGAAUGCUACAUCGCAGCAAGACGUGGCCUAUGUGUGUUUCCUUUACCCGGAGGAAAGCCGUACAUCUGGCACCUAUCACUUAACAGUGAACUAUCUCAAUCAGCAUACCACUUACUCUCACGUGGAGCAAACAGUGCUCCACUCGUUCAAUGUUGCUGUCACGCAAGAAGAGCCUCCAACAAUAGAGGGAAAAACCAGCACCAUGCCGCCAGUGGAUUUCCCACUUCUACGAUUCGUGCAAGGUGACUUCGCUCCAUCACAGACGUGUGACCCAGCGUUGUCGUCAUACGCUGAUAUCCAGUCAUGGCGCCAAGACAAACUGCCUGUGUCAACCCAUGGUGUAUAUCGACUGUUUGCGCUACACCAUACUUAUCUUCCUCAACUGUUCGCUUAUGAGACAGUGUCACCAAAUUCACCCCACAAUCCAGAUUGUGUCAGUGACCUACCAGAAUGCACCUAUGGACUUAAGCAGCUGCAAAUAACUCAAAAGCCAUUGCAGAUGUUGAUGAACUUAGACGGCACAGCAUCACAGAGUUGGUGUGCAAAGCUAACGGAUUAUGGUCGUGGUGUAUACGGACCAUCCUCUGCUGACACUUUUGAGUCCAUGGACUUGGGAACUACCAAUGUUUUCAUCCUGAGGCGGCCAUUUGGUGACAUCCCGGUGUUCUGGUACAAAAUAAGAAACAUUACAAGACCAGAAGCGGUUGCCACUAUCAAUGCUUGGAAGACCUCUACCAUCAAAGGUCUUGAUGUGAAUGCAACCAUAAAAGGAUACAGUUCUGUCAAACUUUAUUCUGAGAGACUCCUCGAGUGUGCGAGAUUUACAGUUACAGUAUCCCGGGGUAAACAGGUUCCCGUCAAGGAUAGAGUGAUACGUCUAUUUAAAAACCAAGCUCUCAUUUCCAAUGGUGACCAGUCGGUUAAGCUGUAUCUGUUCAGGAAUGCUACAUCGCAGCAAGAUGUAGCCUAUGUGUGCUUCCCUUACGCGGAGGAAAGCCGUACAUCUGGCACCUAUCACUUAACAGUGAACUAUCUCAAUCAGCAUACCACUUACUCUCACGUGGAGCAAACAGUGCUCCACUCGUUCAAUGUUACUGUCACGCAAGAAGAGCCUCCAACAAUAGAGGGAAAAACCAGCACCAUGCCGCCAGUGGAUUUCCCACUUCUACGUCGUGAGUGUGCAGGUUGGGCCGAUUUAUCAGGCAAUAUGCAUGCCCUUGAUAUCUACUAUGGCCCCAAGCUGGCUGGCUUGAAUUACACUGCAGCUCAUCAAUUUUGCUCCAGCCAAGGGAUGCGCUUACCUCUAGCCACUGAGAUGCAUUGUGCGAACCAAUUCAUGACUGAAACGUAUGGCAGUGCAAGCCUUAGUUGGAUUGAGACGCCGGAAGUUACUACUCGCGCAAUCGUAAGCCAACUCCUCGAAAACCAACUCCUCGGUGAACAACUCCAGUAUAUACCGUUGUCAACACAGUUGAAGAUGGUAGCCUGCGCCAAGCCAGUCAAUUCUCCGCCAGAGAGUCAAUGAGAGGAAUCUGGCGCAUAAAGCUACACAGUCUAGCCCCGGAUAGCACCAGGUACCAGCCGGAGACUCUAAGGUUCACUACUGAACUUCUGCAUGACCACGGUCCUGUGCCUUGCCCAAUAAUGGCAAUAUCGUCAAAAUGUGCUACCAGGUGCCGAUUCCCUGAGAGUGACCUUCUUCUGUACGUUAAUUUAAUUUAUACAUUUUUGUGAUACAUUUAAGGCACCAUUAGCGCCGCCACUAUUCUCUUGAUGAUUACAAGAUAGCUUUUGGGGGGCAUGUUCAGUUGUUAUGGAUCUCAUUGCCAAUGCCACGGACACUGUCAAUGCUUAGCUAUAUGCAUCCGUUUCCUUACCUGCCUGCCUCUAUCUAUCUGUCUUAAUCUAAACGUCUCUAUCUACCUCUACUAUCAUCUUUGUUUUCCAAGCAACUUGCAACUACAUUGCUACCUGCCUCUAUCUAUCUGUCUUAUUCUACAUGUCUCUAUCUACCUCUACUAUCAUCUUUGUUUUCCAAGCAACUUGCAACUACAUUGCGCAUUCAUUCGCUCAAGCUCUCUACUUUAACUUGUUAAAUAGUUUUCAUUGUAGUUUUUCUCUAUCUAUCCACCUAUCUCUGUCUCGGUCACCGUCUAGGUGUGGUGGUCUGUCUCUCUGUCUGUCUGUCUCUCUGUCUGUCUGUCUGUC